ACGAAGCAUAUUAGGAAUUAGUUUACAAUAUUGUUUUAAUGGAAAUAUAGUAUCUAGAGUAGUAGGAAUGAUUGAACUAAAAGGCGUUGGUUCAACUAAAUCUACAAAUUUAUCUAUCGAAAUUAUAAAAACCUUAAGGAAAUAUGACUUAAAUUUAAAUCAAGUUAUUGCAGUGACAUCCGACAAUGGGGCAAAUAUGUUAAAAACGACAUCGUUAUUGUCCAAGUGCCUUACAAAAUUUCAAGAAGAAGAGUUUUUAGAUAAUGAUAAUUAUCAGCAGCUUUUAGAAGAAAUAGAAAACGAUUGUGAUAUAGACAUGGGAGACAUAACUAUAUGCAGGUGUGCAGCACAUACGGCCCAGCUAGUAGCGAUAGACGUUAUAAAAAAUCCUAAUAUAAAAGAAUUUGUGCUUCAAUGCAGAAAUUUUACAAAAUUUUUACGAAAGCAAACAAAUGGAUUUCGAUGUUUAUUUGAGUUAAAUAAGGUACGUGUGCCCCAAAUUGACUGUCCAACGCGUUGGGGAUCUACAUACCAAAUGAUUAAAGAUUUAAAAACCGCAAAACCUUUUAUUGAAACCCAAGGAAAUACUACAUCAUUAGAUUUAUUUGAUGUUAAUGAACAAUUUUGGAAAAAUGUAGAUGAUUUUUUAGUAGUUUUUAGUCCACUUAAUGAUAUUUUGACAAAAUUUCAAGAAGAAUCUUUGCAUUAUGGUGACUUUUAUGCUAAUUGGUUGAAGUGCAGACUGUUAAUAGAAAAAAUUUUUAACAUGCCCAAUGUUAAUAGUUUCGCAAAAAUGCUAGCGGAUUUGACACUAAAAUUUAUUGACAAAAGGUCAGUGUCAUUACAUAAAAAUGAUAUACUUCUUGCAUGUAUUUAUUUCGAUCCACGAUUACAACACAAAUUAUCUCACGAUGAAAAAGAAAGGGCUAUAAAUUAUCUAAAAAAGUUAUGGGAUAGAUACAUUUCGUUAAACAAGGAAUAUGUGACCAAAUCUUCAAAUUCUAUAGAGGAAAAUAACGGUGGUGAGGAGGAAGACAUAUUAACAGCAUUUUUACGACAAGACGUAAUACAAGGAUGUGAUAUAAAUAUCUAUACAAAAAUAGAAAGGCUGAUGUUACAUUUUGAGACAAGCGAUUGUUGUGUAUUAGAUUAUUGGAAUAAAAGAAAAUCAUUGGACGAAGAAUUAUUUAUAUUAUCGAAUAUUAUAUUCGGUGUUCCUCCAACACAGGUUACAAUAGAAAGAGCUUUCUCAUCAUUAAGAAUUAUAUUAAGUGAAUCCAGAAACAGACUUAGUCCUGAAACCUUGGAAAAUAUACUAUUAGUUAAGUUAAAUCCUGCACUUUUAGAUGAGGCGAUAGGGGAACUUAGCUUACCUAAUUAAGUUAGUUUUGAAAUAUUUGCAGAAAAGUUGGAUUUUACUGCAAUAACUUCUUUAAUUUGCAAAUGGCUUUAAAUUUCUUCACAAACAACAUUUUAUUUUUUAAAAGAUUUACAUACCAAAUUUCGUGUGAAAAUUUUGUUUUAUAAACCUUUUAAAAAAAAUAAAAUUUUGUUUAUGAAUAAGGGGAU